AUGGCUCGAGGGGCCCAAGCGGCCCAACAGACUCGAGCGCCGGGGAACGGGGGCGAUGAUGGCCAGGGUGGAGCUGAAGCAGCCGCUCCGUCUGACGCCGUGGGGGAGGCCGGUCGGGGUGGCGCAGAUGACGCCGCUUGGCCGGUCGUCGGAGCCGAGGCCGGUCGGGGCGACGCGGAUAGCACCGCCCGGCCGGUCGCAGAGGAGGGAGCUGGUGGGGGUGCGCAGGAUUGCCCCGCCAGCCAAACGGAGGUGGAGACCCCCGUCCCCGAGCCCCUGAGGGCUGGGGUCGAGGGAGUGACAGAGAAGGAGGAGUUGGCACCGAGGGCGCCGGCGGUAGAGGAAGCCCGCGUCUCGGUGCCCGCAGAGGGCCAGGACGAGGGUGUCGUUGCGGCGAUGACGGUGCAGACGGUGACGGCGCAGGCGGCGAUGAACAACGUGAUCCCUGUGGUGCAGCUGCCAGACAACAGCGAGGAGUUCGGGGAUUCGGGGGACAUCGACCCCACUGCUGCGGCGUGCGCCGCCGACAAGAUCGCCGAGUUCACGUCGGCCUACGCGGAGGUGCCCGGCGAGGGGACAUCCGAGGGGCCCCAGCACGGGGCGGUCAUCCAGUCCAUGGUCCCCUCGGAGUUUCUCCGCGAUGAGCAAGAGGAGGAUGCCGUCUGGCAGGCGCAGAUCGAGGCAGGUUCUCAGAUUCAGAACCACCUCGAUCGCGCCCUGGAGAUCCAUCGGACGACAGAUUACCAGAUUAGCCAGCGGCUGAGGGACAUCUAG